AUGGAUGAUUUUUGGUACGAUGAAACCAUUAAUACCCAAAGAAAACGUAGUAUUCCUGUUCCAGUUGCAAUCAAACACAAUUCGCAAAUUGCUUCCAAAGAAUUUAUCAAUGAGCUAAAAGUUCAUCAUCAAUUUAUAACAAGCGAGCAAUUUGAAAAUUCGGAACAUGAUAAUACUGAGAAUAUUAUUAAUUCUUCUGAAAAUGUAAAGGUUGAAGAUAUUUCUGGUCUAUCAAAUCCAAUUUCAAGUAAUCAGCUUUUAUGUUUGAAUGAUAUUUUAAAUGCUUAUGAUGGCGAAUAA